AUGUAUCCUCUGGAGCCUAACUACGCCAGGUGUUGGUUCAGCGAUGACGGAAAGAAAGAACGAGUUGGAAGGACAAGUGAAGCGGAGGUCGAGAUGGCGGACCUGCAGAGAAGAGUUGAGGAGGCAGAGGAGAGGAGUUCAGCUGAGGACGCUUCUAGAGAGAGGGUGGGUAAUGCCGGUUACGCGGCUGGUAACUUUUGGAUGGACGGCGCCGAUUAUGCGCCUGGGUACCAUUACAGGGAUGGGGCUGCCGGGGGGGCGGCUACUUUUGGAGCUGGGGGAGCGGCUCAUUUUUUUAGGACACAUCGCCGCGUUGGCGUCGGGCCCUCGGACGGCAGCAGCCGUGAUGGAGGCGGCGCCGGCGGCAGGGGGUACGGCAGCAGCGGGAGCAGCAGCGUCAUCCCCGGUCGCCGCUUUGGCGCCGGGCUCUCCGAUGGACGCAGCGGCGAUGGAUGCGUCGGUGGCGGCGUCGGCGGCUUCGGCGGCGGGGGGAAUGGUAGCGGCGACAGCAGCAGCGGCGUCCCCGGUCGCCGCGUUGGCGCCAGCCACUCGGGCGGUCGCAGCGGCGGUGGCGACAGCGGCGACGGCGGCGGCGGCAGCGGUGGCGGUGAUGGAGGAGAUGGCGACGCCCGUGGCGCGCACACUAGGGCCCGCGACCGCGAUGCUCCCGACAGCAGCUUCGUGAUCUACCUCUACCGGAGCGGCCCCGACCCGCGCCGGCCCCCGCGCGCGCCACACAUGCAGACCCAGGAGCAACGUCAUCAGGUCACCCCCUCCGUCACGAGGUCAUCGGCGCGGCGCUUGGCCGCCGCUGGACCUCUGCCGGGAUCACCGGGGGUGUUCGCGAUGCUUGCGAUGGCGGAAGACUUUGACGCGCGGAUGGACGAUGAGCGGUGCUUUGGGGGUCCGGAGCUGCCGGAUGGGCCUCCGAGCGAGCGCGUGAUCCCGACGGCGUGGGCGGAGCACUCAGGCGAAGACAGUGACAUCUGUCAGCGGGAAGGGGUUGACUAUUUUGAGACUUUUUCACCGUGCCCGUCUGUUUCUAGUAUUUGCGUUCUUGCCGCAAUUGCUUGUUAUCUUGGUUGGGAUUUCGUGCACCUUGAUGCUGAGCAGGCGUUCGUUCAAUCCAAGCUGGAAGACGAUGUGCACAUUCGUUUGCCGCAAGGUUGUGGCUCUCUCGCGGGUAAAGUUGUCAAGCUUGCCCAUAGCCUGUACGGUCCGAAGCAAGCGUCCCGCAUGUGGCAUUACCAUUUUCUCCGAGCAAUGAAGCGCCUUGGGUUUGAGCAGUGUGCUGCUGAUGCUUGUGUCAUGCGUCUGAUCGCGAAUGGUGUUGUGACAAUGGUGGCUGUUGUGCACGUCGACGACAUUUUCUCGAUCGGGACCAAGAGCAGGUGUGGUCAGUUUUGCAGAGACUUGAACGCUUUCGUCCCGAUCAAGAACCUUGGGGAGCUGAGUUUGUACGCGGGUAUUCGGCUUUCUCGUGAUCGCGCGGGUGGCACGAGUACGUUGUCGUGGGAGACGUUUGCUAGGAACUUGGUUGAGAAGUUCGGUGCCACACGCAACAAGGAGACUCCCGUCGCAGUAGGCUUUAAGCUUGAGGAUUUUGACGAUGCACAGCGUGAUGUUCUUGAGCCUUUUCAGUCUUUGGUAAGACACUUGAUGUGGCUGGCGAAUCAGCCUCGCCCGAACAUCCUAAAUGCAGUGCGAGCUGUGGCGAGGUUCACGGUCGAUUUUGGUAUCACGUAUCAGCGGGGAACGGAGGGUGGUGUCUCGUUGGAGCUCUUCGUUGACUCCGAUUACUCGAGCAACGCGACGGACCGGCGGUCGGUUUCUGGUGCGGUUGUGAUGUGUGCGGGUGCGUGUGUAUCGUUUUUGUCGCGAACGCAGAAGAGCGUUACAAUUUCUUCGACCGAAGCCGAGUAUGUUGCGAUGGGCGACGGUUUCAAGGAAGCGAUUUUCUUGCGCUAUCUCUGGAGUUUUAUCUUUCCGGAUGAGCGCAUCGGGUGCACUAGAGUCAACGAGGAUAAGAUGGGGGCCCUUCAUUUGGCCAACAACCCGGUCACCACCCCCUACUCUAAGCACAUGAACAUGCGACACCAUUUCAUUCGGGAGGGGGUGGCACGCAAGCAUUUUAAGGUGGUCCACGUUGCAUCGGCUUUGCAGCACGCCGACUUUAUGACCAAAACCACUGCACAGGGCGGCAUUCUGCUUUCACCGUGA